AUGCCUAAAUACAACUCUUUAGUGGUGGUGAUUUUGAUCCUCACCACUCUCGCAUUUUCCGAAUCCUUCAACUAUGGGGACGCUCUAUCGAAGAGCCUCCUCUACUUUGAGGCGCAGCGCUCUGGCAGGCUCCCUCACACCCAGAGAGUGAAGUGGCGCGACAACUCUGGCCUCCUUGAUGGCCUCGAACAAGGGGUGGACUUGGUGGGAGGCUACUAUGAUGCCGGCGACAAUGUGAAGUUUGGGCUGCCAAUGGCCUACACAAUUACUCUGCUUUCAUGGAGUGUUGUUCAAUAUCGGGACGAAAUAGGUGGCGCGGGCGAGCUCGAUACUGCCCUUGAAGCCAUCAAAUGGGGGACUGAUUAUUUCAUCAAAGCUCAUCCUCAGCCUCAUGUUCUCUGGGCUCAAGUGGGUGAUGGUGAUACCGAUCACCUCUGUUGGCAGCGGCCGGAGGACAUGACGACAUCCCGGCGCGCGUACAAAGUGGACGAGGAGAACCCCGGCAGCGAGGUGGCAGCGGAGACGGCGGCGGCUAUGGCUGCAGCCUCCAUUGUGUUCAGUGAAACGAAGCCGCACUACUCCCGGCUUUUGUUGGAACACGCGAUUCAGUUGUUUGAGUUUGGUGAUAAAUUUAGAGGGAGAUAUGAUGAGAGCAUUCCAGUAGUGAAAGGGUACUAUCCAUCAGCGAGUGGGUACAAGGAUGAGCUGCUGUGGGCAGCAUUGUGGUUGUACAAAGCCACCAACAACCUCACUUAUUUUAACUAUGCCAUUCAAAAUGGGGACUCAUUUGGUGGAACCACAUGGGCCAUUGCUGAGUUCAGUUGGGAUGUUAAAUAUGCUGGCGUUCAAGCCAUUGCCGCCAUGUUACCAACGGAAGGGAAGAGUGAAGAAGCAAAGAAAAUCCUAAAGCAAUACCGAUCAAAGGCAGAAUUCUACAUAUGUGCCUGUUUGAACAAGAACAACUCGACAAACGUGAAGCGCAGCCCGGGCGGCCUACUCUACACCAGGCGGUGGAACAACUUGCAGUAUGUAUCGAACGGGCUGCUUGUGCUGACAGCCUACUCGGACCACCUCAGCUGGAUCAAUCAGAGCCUUGAGUGCGAGGGGGGUGUGGUAGGGUGGCAAGAGAUCCUGUCCUUUGUAAAGUCACAAACUGACUAUAUUCUGGGCGCGAACCCCAUGGGAGUGAGCUACUUGGUGGGAGUGGAGCCGUCGUACCCGAAGAGAGUGCACCACAGGGGAGCAUCGGCCGUGUCGUACAGAGAUAGCAAGGUUUUUGUUGGGUGCAUGCAGGGCUACUAUAACUGGCUCCUCCGCGAAGCUCCCAACCCUAAUGUACUGGUCGGGGCCCUUGUAGGGGGCCCCGAUCUAUACGAUCACUUUAGAGAUAGCAGAUUUAACUUUGCACAAACAGAAGCGUGCACCUACAACACCGCAUCUCUUGUUGGAGUUUUGGCCAAAUUGAAUGGACCUACUCCAAAUAAAUCCCUCUCUCACAAAUAG